AUGGCGGUGGCGGGUACGGCGGAUACGGCGGAUACGGGGACGGAUACUGGGGCGGAUACGGGGGACACGGCGGAGGAGGCUACUACCCAGGAGGCGCGGGCCAACCGGGCGGCGGUGCGUAUGGGGGGUGCCGGUGGCCCUGGUGGCGGCGUGUAUGGAGGUAGCGGCGGCCCUGGCGGCGGUGCGUACGCGGGUGCGCACGGGGGUGCCGGCCACCCGGGUGGCAUUGUGUAUGGAGGCGGCGGCCCUGGCGGCGGUGCGUACGCGGGUGCGCACGGGGGUGCCGGCCACCCGGGUGGCAUUGUGUAUGGAGGCACCGGCGGUCCAGGCGGCGGCGGAGCGGCGGCGGCGGCCAGCAGCGGAGGCGGCACCGGCCACGGUGUGAGCUGUUUGGACGGACAGCCGGGCCAGUCCGGUUAUGGACCUUAUGGUGGUGCCGGAGGCAGUGGCGGCGGAAGGAACUGCAUACAUGUGCAUUCGGGCCCCGGUGUUGUGAACACGGCGCAUGCAGCUGGCGGAGGUGCGCCAGGGGCUCCGGCGGGGUAUGCAGGAGCUCCGGGAGCGUCUGGGAAAUAGUGAGCCCUGCUGGCAGGCUGAGGACGCCCCGGUGCCACACAUGGUGUUGACAGUGUUGCUGUUGCCGUUCCAACCAUGCACUGUUUAAAAAAAAGCACUGGCCGUCCGCUUUGGUGUAUGGGCGCAUCGGUGCUGAAACAAGAUAGCUUUAGGGACGAUGGACUGUGCCAUCCCUCGGCUCCUUCUACGUCACUGAACCCUGACAGUGCACUCUUGUCUGCUGUCGUUGGAUUGGUGGACUGACAUGGCUGACUGCUAAUAUGGUGAUUCAUUUCUGCAUAUGCAUCGUGCACGCCGUCUCAGUUCGGUGUAAAUGCACCUGAUACUUGUAUUGUUGUAGACCUGAUUAUACCUAUGGCAACCUUGCAAGCCACAGAAACACUUGACGCGCAUGAAAUGGCCAUGCAGGCUGGUAAGACUGGUCUCACAGUGCAUCGUGUACAUCAGAUACAAAAUGCAACUCGUUUGACUUUAGUUCAUUUCACACAUAAGCGUACAAUGUGAAUGGCGUAAAGGCGAUGCAUUUCGCGCCGAAUAUGUCCAAAAUGCUGGGAUUUACCGAUGGCCGAGAAAAUGGAGACAAUGACCAAC